GGGGCCGGGGAGGGGAGGGGCGUGAGCGCCCGCCCGCGGCUUGGCUUUGCCGCAGUGCAGCGGCCCCGUCCCUUCCCUUCCCCUGCCGCCCUUCUGCUCUCUCUCUCUCUCUCUCUUUCUCUCCGUCUCGCUUCUCCCGCGGCGGGCAGCCCCGCCCCCUCAGCGUCCCGUCGCCUAGCAACCGGCGGCAUCGGGCCUACUGCGGCGGCUGCGGCGCUGGCGGAGCCUCUCAGGGGAGGCGUCUUUCUCUCUCUCUCUCUCUGAGGGGGAAGAAGGGAGGAAGGCGAGAGCUGUUUGGAAGGGAAGGGAAAAGAGAGCGUAACGGGACGGGCUCUCCCGCGAAACCCCCCACGUCUGCUUGGUCGUGACGUCACCCGGGCCCACCUUAUCUGCGACGUGACGUCACUCGCAGGACAACCUCCGUCUGUUGACGUCAAGUUAUUUCAUAUAAUUAUAUGUAUGAUUUCAUUAUAUAUAUAUAUAAAAUCUAAUCAGAUAUAAUAUAUAAAUAAUAUAUAUAUUAUACAUAAUAUUUAUUUAUUUACUGUGGACGCUCGGGUUGCAAACGUGAUCCGUGCGGGAUGCACGUCCGCAACCCGCAGUGUUGCGUCUGCACACACGCAGGUUGCAAUUUGGCGCUUCUGCGCAUGCACAAAGCUCAAUUUAGCACUUCUGCACAUGCACGACCGCCGAAACCCGGAAGUAACCCGUUCCAGUACUUCUGGCUUUCGGCGGUCCGUAACCCGAAAAAACGCAACCUAAAGCGUCUGUAACCCGAGGUAUGACUGUAUUACAUUUUCCUUACUAACUAAUGUUGCUUCUCCCUACCCUCUACAGCCCCUCAAAAAGCAAGCGACAUAGUUGACAGUAGGUAGCUUCUGUUUUUUGGUCAUCCUAGAGCAGGGAUGGGGACCCUUUGGCCCACCAGAGAACAGAUCCCAUCAUCCCUCAGGCUGAUCAGAGUUGGAAUCCAAUAACAUCUGGAGGGCCACAGAUUCUCCAUCUGUGCACACUACAGUGUAACCGACAGAAUGUUGUGAAUGUAUUUGUUUUAUCCAUUUAUACUGCACCUUUCAGCAUCUGUUUACCUUUCUACAUAUAGGUAAGCCAACCUGAGAGCAGACACCAGAGAAAAUGACCCAUAUGAAAUCCCAAGCUUUGAAAGUUAGAGGACGUGCCUUUAAAGACCACGAACCAUUCAGACAAUGCAGUCCUGGAUCACUUCUUACAGACAGGGCUAUCAAACCAAGAGUUACACCUGGCACAGUUGGUGCGGCAACUGGAAAUCAAGAAACAAGAAGCAGGAAAGUUGGGAGUGACCCUAUGGUAAGACAAAAAGUGCAUGCGAGAUUUCCCUUUUCCACUUAGAACACAAUAACAACAACAACAUUAACUCACCCCUAUAGGUCCCCUAUACAGUGGUACCUCGGGUUACAUAUGCUUCAGGUUACAGACGCUUCAGGUUACAGACUCCGCUAACCCAGAAAUAGUACCUCGGGUUAAGAACUUUGCUUCAGGAUGAGAACAGAAAUCAUGCUCCGGUGGUGCAGCGGCAGCGGGAGGCCUCAUUAGCUAAAGUGGUGCUUCAGGUUGAGAACAGUGUCAGGUUAAGAACGGACCUCCAGAACGAAUUAAGUUCUUAACCCGAGGUACCACUGUAUAAUUCACAAGAACAGAUGAGAUAGAAUAGAUUAAAGCUGAAAUCAACACAGGGUGAUAUAUUUUGAAAUAGUGACUGUUCUUUAUUAGAAUAUUCUGGCACAUAAAAAACAACAGCAAGAGGUGACAUUGUGCAUGUUUGGUGGUAUACGUAGAAUUUAAAAAUGGAAGCCAGUAAUGUCAAGAUGACCAAACACAGGCUAUAAUCAACAGGGAGCAAUAAAAUAGAUUGAAUCUAAAGAAAGGAGGUGUUUAAGGGCAUAGAAGCCCUGAAAAGCCUUAGCAGUGCUUUUCUUGUGUCCACCCUGGGUUAGCUGAAGCUGCAAUUACAUUUUGCUACCAGCAUAAUUGCCACAAAUCAUGUCUGGGAAACACGGAAAGAGUGCACAGCAAACAUCAGAAGAUAGCUAUAUGGAAAUUACAUUAUCUGGCUGUUUGAUAAAAAAUGAAUGAACAAAGUCAUGAUUUCAGAGAACAGAGGAAGGGAUUGUUACAGAACAGAGAUGACAAAAGAUGAAGUUCCAGCCAAAACAAUAGACAGAAUAAAAACCUACAAAUCACCAGGUAUGGACGGCAUCCACCUGAGAAUUCUCAAGUAACUAAAAUGUGAAAUUGCUGAUCUAACAAAAAUAUGUAAAUUACCCCUUGGAUCAGCCUCCAUACCAGAGAACUGGAAAGUGGCCAAUGUAACACCAAUUCUUAAGAAAGGAUCUGGGAGAAUCCUGGAAAUUACAAGCCAGUUAGCUGAAUGUCUGUCGCCAGAAAACUAGUGGAAAGUAUUGUUAAAGAUAAAAUAAACAAGCACAUAGAAGAACAAGCCUUACUGAAGCAGAGCUAGUAUGGCUUCUGCAAGGAAAAGUUCUGUCUCACAAACCUAUUAGAAUUCUUUGAGAGUGACAACAAGCAUUUAGAUAGAGGUGAUCUGGUUGACACAGUGUACUUGGACUUUCAAAAAGCCUUUGACAAAGUAGCUCACCAAAAGCUCCUAAGUAAGCUUAGCAGUCAAGGAGUAAAAGGAGAGGUCCUGUUGUGGAUCAGGAAUCGUUUAAGUUGCAGGAAGCAAAGAGUAGGAAUAAAUGGACAUUUCUCCAAAUGGAGAGAAAUAGAAAGUGGAAUCCCCCAAGGAUCUGUACUGGGACCUGUGCUUUUUAACUUGUUCAUAAAUGAUGUAAUGAAUGAGCAGUGAUGUGGCCAGGUUUGCUGAUGACCGUAAAUUCGUGUUCGUGGUUGUUAAAACAAAAAGAGAUUACGAAGAGCUCCGAAAAGAUCUCUCCAAACUGAAAGAAUGGGCAAUAAAAUGGCAGAUGCAAUUCAGUGUAAACAAGUGUAAAGUGAUGCAGGUUGGAGCAAAAAAAUCUUUAAUUUCAUGCGCAUGCACUAUACCUUGGGGUCAUAGUAGAUAGCUCGAUUAAAACUGUAAACGAAGUGUGCAGCAACCAUGAAAAGGCCAAAUUUCAUGCUAGAGAUCACUAGGAAAGAAACUGAAAAUAAAACUGCCAAUUUCAUAAUGCUGUUAUACAAAUCUGCCAUGCAACCACAUUUGUGCUCUUAAUUUAGUUGUAACCACUAGGGGGCAUGAAAACAAUUUCUAGUUCAUUUUGCAUUUGUAUUAACCAUAAUUCAACAAGCAUCUUUAUUAUCAAACAGGCAUCCUUAGGCGAAGAGAACAAUUCUCUGGAAAAGUUUAAAGCUCUGCAAAAGAAACACCUGCAGCUCAAAGGUAUUCUAAAAGAAAAGGAGACAUCAAUAUCAAGAUUAACUAAAAUAAUAAAAGACCAGGUAUUGUAAAUUCAGAUUCACUGAUUUAUGAGACACUGAAGCGUUAAAUCAAACCCGUACAACAUGUGACCCCGUCAAGCCAAAUUUAGCCUAACCAUCAUGUAUGGCAGGCAGUUCACCAGAGGCUCAAUAAUCCACUUUUCCUUGAGAAGACACAGCAAAUCUGAGGAUUAUAUCUAAAUAAUGUAUUUUCAAAUACUUGUUUGUAACAUUCACAUGUUGCAGUUUUGCUGUACAUCUAAAACAUCUUGGGUUCUCAGAUUUCAUACUCUGAAAUGCUGUGCACACUUCCCUAGGAGUAAUUUCCAUUUGAAGUUGUUUGGACUUAAUUGUGUAGACAUGCAUAGAACUGGGCUGUUAAUAGGAAGGACGUCCUCAAUGACAAGUACUGCCUAGACUCUACUCUGUUGAUCUUUAGAUGUGGAGUGAAGACUUAGCUUCCAAUAAUGAUUUUGUUGAAAAUAUGGAACCUCGUUUGAUAAAUGUGGAAAUGCUGUACAGUGGUACCUUGGGUUACAUACGCUUCAGGUUACAGACUCCGCUAACCCAGAAAUAGUACCUCGGGUUAAGAACUUUGCUUCAGGAUAAGAACAGAAAUUGUGCGGCGGCAAUGGGAGGCCCCAUUAGCUAAAGUGGUGUUUCAGGUUAAGAACAGUUUCAGAUUAAGAACAGACCUCCAGAAUGAAUUAAGUUCUUAACCCGAGGUACCACUGUAAUUAAAAACGUGUUGUGUUCUAGAGCCCCUUGUGUGCAGAGAAGGCACCUGUAAGCAACACUCUGCAGGAUUGCACCCUCCUGCUCUUGGGGUGAGGUGGGGGGAAGGAAACACUAACUAAACCAUUAACCCCACCCUUGAAUUGAUUCGGGGCUGAAUCCGGGGCAGGGCAGGUGGUACCCAGGUUAGUGUGUGGGCGGGGGCAGGGAUCUGUGCAUAGCCCUAACACAGACUACUCCAUUUGCUUCAGGAGAACAAAUCUGUGUGUGCAAAGGAGUUUUCAUUGCAUUUACUUUUCUACAGCAGCUUUUUCAGGUAAAGGAGAUCCAUGUGCAAGCCAGAGCCUGCAGGAAAAGAAUAUUGUUGCAUGCAUCCUACUCUCUGAGCAGUGAGAGACUCCUGGGGGACCCAGGGUUCCGUUUCCUUGGAACAAAAGUCAAUGAAGACUGUGGUGCCUUUAGGAUAUAUGGUUUUGUAGACUUCUAUAUACAACUAUAUAUGCUGUGGGUUAAACCACAGAGCCUACGGCUUGCCGAUCAGAAGGUCGGCGGUUAGAAUCCCCGUGACGGGGUGAGCUCCCGUUGCUCGAUCCCUUCUCCUGCCAACCUAGCAGUUCGAAAGCACGUCAAAGUGCAAGUAGAUAAAUAGGUACUGUGGGAAGGUAAACGGCGUUUCCGUGAGCUGCUCUGGUUCGCCAAAAGCGGCUUAGUCAUGCUGGCCACAUCACCUGGAAGCUGUACACCAGCUCUCUCGGCCAGUAAAGUAAGAUGAGCGCCACAACCCGAGUCGUCCGCGACUGGACCUAAUUAUCAGGGGUCCCUUUACUUUUACCUGUAUACAACCUGAGCAUAGGACGGAAGGGACCACAGCAUUAACACUCUAAUAGAUCUUUCCUCUUCACUAACUUCCUAGAGAUGACCUGCAAGGGGGCUUAGCUUUGGGUUCAACACAGCCAAAUCAAAAAACUAACCAUCUUGGCUUUUUGUUCUCCUUCGGGCAUUUACCCAGGUGCCUUCUCCCCUCCUGGAAGCAUCAGCAGUUGCCACUAUUGCAAAACCUCUCUUCUUAGAACUCUUUAAGACACUGGUGAAGCCACCCAAGGAACUUGUUUGACCGGUACACCAGGUUUCAUAAUGUAGAUUCUAACUUCACAGGUGGAGAAUCACGAGGCUCCUCACCCUCCACAACCUAUAACAAUAUGUAUUUAUUGGCCACUUUAGUUGAGAUUCCUGCAUUGCAGGGGGUUGGACUAGAUGACCCUCAGGUACCUUCCAACUCUAUGAUUCUAUUAUUGUACCUAGGAUUAGGAAUGAAACUAGGAAGCAGGAAUGAAACUAGGACGUUGUUUUGAGGAAGGAUUUGAAGGACUUCCUUCUGAAUAAGCAAAUAUAGGAUUAUAGUAUAAUUGGGUUGAAUAUUAUUAUUAUUACUAUUAUUAUUUUAACAGGCUACUGAGUAUAGAACAGCAAUAGAAUUAGAAAAAGAACACCAGAAGGAGACUGAAAGGCGGCUGGAAGAAUCAGAACAUUUAGUCAAGGAGCAGAGCCAGUUGCUUGAUGAAACUGUAGCACGUUACAGAAAAAUAAUUCAGGAGCAAGAAACACAGGUUUGUCACAAAGGAAAACAGGCAUAAUUUGUUGCUCUUGCUUUAUUUAGGUUACUGUUAUUUAAUUCUAAUGCAUAUUAAAACCUUAUCUGGAAAGUAAACAUUUUUCACACUAAACUUAUCCCUCAGUAUUUAGUAAUCCCUCAGUCUUUAGUAAUCACACUGUGAUGUCGCUUCCUUUUGUAGCAUGCGGAGCUGGUGCUCGAAAUGAAAAAGCAGAGUGAGGCUGAUAUAAGGCGCAGAGAAGAAAAUAUUCUCAAGAUAAAGCAAUAUAUUUCUGGUACCUUCCAAGAAAAAUCCCGGUACGGUGUUCAAAUGUCUGAAAGCAGGAUCUCCUCAAAUGAUUCUAAUCUUGAAGAUGUAACUUUUAACUAAGGCUGCCAUCCAUACUAACAGACUGUCUUUAAUCCCAUUGAAAUCAAUGGAUUAUUCAAGCAGCUUCUUUCUGUGCAGGGCAGCAGGUUAAGUUUACUGCUCAUUCAUUUAUAAUAUGGGGCAUGAGACUGCGAAAUAGUAAUGGAUUUACUGCUUAUGGAACCUCAAACCUGCAGACUAUUUAUAUGGUAGAAUCAAAACUAUAUACGGUUCAAAGUAUCAUAAGAUCACACAUCAGCUGUUACAUAGGGAGGCUCUUCAUGAAUCGUAAAAUUAAGGUUCUUCUUCAUAAGAGGAGACUGAGAGGAGAUAUAGCCAUCUUCACUUAUUUAAAGCAGCUGGAGACCCAAGUUUGGGAAACCCUGAUCUAAUGGGUAUCACAUAGAGGAUGGAGCAAGCUUGUUUUCUCCCGCUCCGGAGGGUAUGAUUCUAUUAUCUGCUUGGUUACUGUAGAAAAAAAGGAUGCUGGGCUAGGUGGAUCUUUGGUCAAGAAGGGCUUUUCUUAAUAAAUAACUCUAUUACAACAAUAAAUGACUUGUCCUAACUGUAAUGAAACUGCCUCAUGGAAUUUGUUUUCCUUCUUGCAGGGAACGUCAACAACAGACAGAUGAACUCAGGAGAGAAAUAAAUAAAUUCAUGGAGAAAUCACACAUUCUCAAAACAAAACUUGAAAAAGAACUCAAUGCAAAAAAGGUGAGAGAAGGAAAACGUGCUUUGGCAUCUACUGGAACAUUAUUUAAAAAAACAACCUUCCAUAAAACAUUUGUAUGUUCUGUACCUUGUUAUGCAGCAGCAAUUUGUGUGUUGUUUGGCUAGGUUUCUCCUAUGCAUUUAUGGAACUGAUAAAACAAUAUAUUUUUUACCAAAAAGCAAAAAAUCCAUCUUGGAAUUUGUGUUUUAUUAAGCAUGUAUAAAACAGCAUUUUGUGAUUCCCUCAAGUUGCAUUAUUAACUUCAGAGUCGAGAGCAGCUUAAUCUUAAGUGGCCUUUGUACUCUGCGACUCCAAAACCACCAUCACCUUUGUACACCUUUCCUGCUAUUUCUCAAUAUAGCUGCAUUCUGAUGCCCCACACACAACAGGACACAUUCCCUUAUCUGUUCCACAGGUGUGAUUAAAAUAAAAUCCCCCCAAGAAGCCCACCCACCCAUACAGUCAUUUCCUCAAUUUAUAAGAUUACAGAGCAGAAGGGAAACAUCAAAAGCCACUUUUCUACCUGAAAUGUUCCCAUAGCCCCAGUUUCACUCAAUUGUAUUGUGAUUUCAGUGUGAAUUAAAAAAAAAUCAGUGCUGCAAUCAAGUUUCAACGGCAUUUAAUAGAUUCAUCAAGGUUAAUCCAACCGCAUGAUAAAACCUUUAGUAUAUCUACAGUAGGUUGUUUACAUCAAUUUUCAUUCUGGCGCCAAUAAAACAAGCAGAGUCAAAGUGUCAGAGUCAAGGUCCGCUAUACAUACUUAUCUACUGAAGUUCAAUAGGCAUAGAUAUGACAGUUUGUUAAGUAUAGUUCAAGCAAGUAUAAAGUAAAGACUGCAAUCCAAGGGUACUUCCUAGGACACGGGUGUCAAACACAAGGCCCGCGGGCCGAAUCCAGCCCGCCAGACCUCAUCAUGUGGCCCGUGUAGACGCCGCCAGCCUUCACCUUUUAUUCUCGCUUUUUUUUUUAUUCCCGCCUCUUCAGCGCAUGCAUCUCGGUCCCUGUCAGCGCUGCCGGCUGGCCGGCUCGGCCCUCGGCCGCCAUGGCGACGCCCCCGCCCCGCCUGCCCUUCCGGUCCGCUCUAGGCCAGCGGAAGCCUCCGCUCUGUGGUGGGGGGGGGGAAGGACGCGAGCGUGGCCGGCGGCGCGUGGUGAUGACGUGACAGGGCGCUUGCGGCGGCGUUGUUUUCAAUGGCAGCUAAGGUGAGCGGUGGGUCGCCCGGUGGGGAAGAGUGUGGGGUGUGUGUGUUUUUUUGUACACAAACAUAAAUAUACAACCGGCCCUUUGAGGGUGACCAAACUGCUGAUGCGGCCCCCGAUGAAUUUGAGUUUGACACCCCUGUCCUAGGACAAGCCCCAUCAAAUUCAGUAGGACCUCCUUCUAAGUGAAUACAUUUAGGACCUGUCUGGAAAUUUAGUAAAUCAAUAAUGAAUCCUUUUUAAGCAAAACACUUUUCAACCUGCUGAUUUUACUACAGUAUCAUCUGAAAAAAAUAAUCUGUAACAUUUAGAUCUCACAAAGUGUAAGUCUAAUGAAAAUGUGGAACAUUUUCCCACUACCAACCCUAGCCACUUUUAUUUUUCAAUAGGCUUGGGGUUUUUUGAGGGGAGGGGAGGGAAGCAAAUAUUUAGUUAAAAUCUUGAAGUUUUACAUGUGAAGAUAACUUUCCUAGUACAUUUCAGCCGCCCCAUUUUUUCCCUUCUUUUUCUGUGCAGAGAGACUGCAAAUCGAAAGAGAUCAGUCCAUAGUCAUGCGAGCAACUUGGGUCAGGUGUGUCUGCUUCUUCCAAGGCUUAUUUCCCAGGAUGGCCACUCCUAGGAGCUAUGAGGCAGGAUCUUGAGAGAUGCCGUAUUUGCACUCAACCAGAGAAGAAUCUGAAGUGCCCUUGGAUUUCUAUGUUGUGUAAUCUGUCUUGUAUGGGGUGCACAAGUGGUGUCUCUAUUUACCUAAUCUUGUUUAUGGGUUGUUACAUACAGGGAUUUUUUGCUUCCUGUGCUAAUUGCUGUUUUAUGAUGAUGGCAAUUUAAUGUAUCUUGUGGUUUUCAUUUUUAUAUUGCUUGUUGUUUUUGUGGCUGUAAGCCACCUUGGAUUCCUUUUUGAAAACUGGCAGGAUGUAAGGUUUUUUUUUCUUUUUAAAUUAAAGUAAAAUAACAAAAAUGCAGUUGGUCCAUCCAGAAAUCUCAUCCUGAUUUUCCCUAACCCAGAGCAGCUAUAACAUCACAUGGUUACCAGAGGACCAUGUGAGUUAAUGGCUUCAGGUACUCCAUAGAAGGAUUGUGAUUUAAGAUUGACAGAAUCCAAGAUGCACUUGUGUCAGACUCAGUAUUUUAUUUUAAAACAGUCUACAAAGAUGAAUAUGAGUUGUGUCACACUGGAAGUUCAUAGCUGCUACAUAAAUUGUAGAGCUCUGGUUUACCACUUUAAGAAACUGCAGCAUGAAAUUAGUUUUAUCAAUUAUCACAUCUUCCCAGAAUCAACCUGGAUUUUUAUCUCACUAUUCAGAAUAGUGUGGCAUCAAUACAGUAGCAAACAUGAUUUCAGAAAACAAGUUUCAUUUUCAUGUCAGUCCAGCUUUGUAAAGUAACACCUCAACCUUUAUAGGAGCAAAGUUUAGCAUCCUUAGUAGAGCGAUGUCAAAGGAUGACUAUCAGCUCAUACCUGCAAUUGUAAGGGAUGAGAAGAUCAGAUUUAUAUAUUACAUUUACUAAACACUGAAGCUGAGACUGCAUGUAAUAGUGGCAGAUUUGGAUUUAAAACAUACAGAUCUGCUGUCACGUGCAGUUUGAGCCUCAAUGAGGUAUUCUUGAUAGAUCAGCUUGCAGUUGACAGGAAAAAAGCAGAGCCACAGAUGUCGCAAACCUGAACUGGAAGAAAAAGUAAUGCAGUAUUUCUAGUUAAAGAGCAAUCGCCUACUAGUCCGGGCAAAGAAUGACAUGAAGAAUGAAUGAAGCUUCAAGCACAGGGGUCUAAGGCAGCACAAAGGAGCCACUUUCAAAGCUCAGAGUAGAAAGCUUAUCUAUGAAAAGAGGACCAAGCACAUGUCGCCUCACAUCUUGGAACUACAAUUAACUAGGCUUGCUGUCAGUUCUAAAGUGCCUUCCAUACGGAACUACUAACUUAUGGAAAUAUUAAUUCACCUCCCCCCAAAAGGUUUCCUGAUAUCCCCAUGAGCCAGAGAUUCUUCAUCUCACAAAAACUGGGUGUAAGGAGGGAAAGAAAACCAAUCUUGCACUACGCAUGAAGACUUGGUUAAAACAUGUUCUUUCUUGGAACCGGCCACAAUGACGCUGUAUUCAGUCCUUGAGGAGGACUUCAAAGCAGAUAGCUGCCUGAGGAACCUCUCAGCCCAGCUCCUUCCGUUGAACAGGACAAGGUGCCAAGUCUCCUGCACUCCAAAACUCACCCGCGCCUGAGAUAAUGAAAUGGAUGCUAGCCUGCUUAACACAACUGUUCAAUGCCAAAAGAACCAAGCACAGGCUUAGACUGAAAACAUCCCUCCCAAUGACUCUACCAGGUGUGAACAGCAAGUACCUGGAUACCGUCAACAACAGUGUUCCGCUACAUCACUACUGAAUGCCUACCCUACAGAAUUACUGUGACCACCACAGGCUUACUCUGAUAAAUGCAUCAAAGGUCCUGUUUGUCUCCACCAAGCACAGCAGAGCUGGAUGUGACAGGGACUUUAUUACUUUCUACAAAAACAGACUCAAAGGCAGCUUCUUGCUCUUCCAGGGUGUCGGAAGCUGUGGCUCCUGGGAUCAAAGUGGCGUUGCUGAGUGCCGGCUCAUGCUCAGUAACCUUCUCCAGCUCUACGGCUCGCUUUCCUUUCCUUUUGCCGAGUAUUCGGACAUAAUUAGCUGGAACAAGUCCUGUAGUCUGGCCAUCACGGCUGGCCAAGAGCCAGCCACGUAUUUUGGGUUGUCGUUCUGGCAAGAAAAAGAAAGACAGACGUGAGUGGUUAGCAGAGGAGCCCAUGAACAGAUAACUGAGUUGUUGAAAGUAUUUGGAGAAUUCUGCAAAGACCAGUUCGUUUAGAUUUUGUGUGACCUUCUCAAACCUUGAGACUUGAGUGAAAACCAAUCUGAAGAGCACACUUGAGACGUAAUGAUUAAUAAAACAGUUCAAUGACCAAAUCAAUGACUCUGAAAUGUCAAGAUUUCAAAAAGAACUAGCAAAUGUCAUUAACAGAAACAGUGAAGCCUAGCUUUCAGAAACUUCAUACAAUAUAUUAAACCAGUCAACUCUAGUUGCAUACCUCUAGUUUGAGUACAUUGACACAAGUUAUACAACAAAUCUAAAGACUGCAGAUGUAGGUAUUUCUAUGGAACAAGUAACCAUCUGCAAGAAAUGCCACUGCUUCCUGUUAGACAAACAAAUUGCCCCUAAAGUUCUCAAACUGUCCCUUAACAUACAGUUACGUCAAGAGCGUAAAUGUUCUUCUGUUUUCCUAGAUACUGCACUGGCAUAUCUGGGGGUGGGAAAUCACAAUGAAUCAAAACCAUCUUACCUUUGGGUGCCAAUUUUAGCAUUUCACCAGCACGGAAAGAUAUUUCUUCUUCUGAAACAGCAUUGAAAUCAUAUUCUGCUCUCCCAACAACAUGAUCGUCCUCUCCACUUGCCCAAUUGCUGGAAACUGUUCCACAGAACAAGGGAUAAAUAAGUCAACAUAACUCUGCUGGAUCAGUACAGUCUCUUAGAAAACAAUCUUUGAGAGUCAGUAUGGUGCAAGGGGUACAGGAAACCCAGUUCAAUUCCGUACUCUGCUACACAGCUCAUGAGCCAAGCUAUCAACUUUCAGGCUGCCCUAAUUCAAGUCCCUUAGUUGUUGUGCCAAGGCUGAAACCUCUCAGACUCAUAAAUAAGUUCAAAAGCUAACAGGAAAGCUCAAAUGUACACACACAACUGAUGUAUGUCAUUUGUGAGCUACAAAGAAAGAGAGAAUUUUUUGUAAGUGGUUGUUUGGAGACAAUCUCAAUUUGCCAGAGGCAACCAACCAAGAAGUGAUUUCCAAACCUGACUGAACCCCUUAGCAGAAGGCCAGGGUGCACACAAAUUAAAGUGCUUAACUUGAUCGGUUCAAGUCAGCCCAUGAUACGUAUGUGUUAUACUUAAGUGUUUUACGCCUUCAAAGCCUUUUUCCAGCAAAGCAUUUCAAAUUCCAGGGUGAACACUGAACAUUCACUAGGUAUUGGAACGUGUUCUAAAUUCCCUUUUCAUUAUACUGGUACAUAAAAGCAAGAUUUGUUCCUACCUCCCACCUCGAAGCUGAAAUUAGGGAAGCACAGUAUCUAAACCUGCUCUUCUCACCCUCCUUUAGAAUCUCUUGGCAGGACCCGCAUAUAAUACCAAGCAUAGCGCUGUGGCCUUGGAACAGAGUGGGACAUGCGAGACCUGAGGUUAGAUUCUCUGUUCAGCCAUGAAAGUAGCUGACAGCUGAACUACAAAUUCCCAGUCCAGUCUUUGCCAUCGCUGAGCAAAGUGCAAUGCAAUGACAUCUCCUGUUAUGAGAUCAGGUUGAAAACGGUGCCUUCCUAAAUUACGAGAAAUGCCAUGGGUAUUAAGAGAGGGUGACAUCAAAUGUUUUUGGUUUCUAUCAACUCAAGCAUAUUGCUGGCUGUAGACAGCUUAUUUCAAACUUUAAACAAGACAAACACAAAAGCAAGCAAGAAUACAAAGCCUAAAUAAAGUGUUGCUUUU